AUGCUCGGCUGCUUCACGAGGCUGAAACGCCCUUCCUCCAUUACCCCUCCAUUAACAAAAUCCUCCUCCCAUGCCUCCGGCGCCGCCAUCUCCGCCCCCCCCCCCCCCGCCGUUUUGAAAUCCUUCAACUCUCUCUUCGAUCCCUCCUCCUAUUCCGACACCCACACUCCAUCUUCCUCCCAAACCCUAACCCUAGCAUCCUCCUCCGCCGCCGCCGCCGCCGCUGAUCAUGAUCUAAUCUCCUCCGCCAUCGCCUCACGCCGUCUCUUUCCCGCCUCCCCUGGUCCAUCCAAUUCCAUCCUCGAUUCCUCCACCGUAAUCAUCCGCCUUGGAUCCGCCGGCGUAGCGGUUGCAACCUACACACCGAACCCCUAUGUGGAUUUCCGUCAAUCCAUGGAGGAGAUGGCGGCGGCGAUCGGGGUUUCCGGCCGUGGGACUCAGAUCGACCUCGCCGUCCUCCGCGAGCUCCUAUUCUGCUACCUGGAGCUCAAUCGAAAACAGGCGCAUAAGUAUAUUCUGAGCGCUUUUGCGGAUCUUCUAUUUUCACUCUUUAGCGAAGAGAAGGGUUUCGGCGGCCAUGAAUGA